AUUUCCAGUUUGUCUCUUGGUUGUGUUUUGGAUAUUUAAAAAAAAAAAAACCGCACGAUUUUGUCGCGAUUUACUAUGAUUGCCGGAAUGAAAGCAGUAAGGAAAUAGCGACGGGCUCGAAAACACCAGUCGAGCUGCGCUGCAUAACUAGCUAAUGGCAGAAGAAAAUGACGUCAUCGACACGGGGUCUCCCAAGGAAACGCAGGAAGGAGGCGGGUUUCCCUUAGCGCCGCCGCCCAUCUACACCUGCACACUGACCCCUGACCUGGUGGCUAAGGCGCGGGAAGAGCUGCAAGAGAAGCCCGAAUGGCGUCUUCGUGACGUCCAGGCCCUGAGGGACAUGGUCCUCAAGGACCAGCCCAACCUCAGAACCCGGCUGGAUGACGCUUUUCUCCUUCGCUUCCUCCGUGCCCGGAAGUUCGACUAUGACCGGGCGCUGCAGCUGCUCCUGAACUAUCACAUGAGUCGCCGGGCUUGGCCUGAGGUCUUCCACGACCUCCGACCUUCCACCAUCAAGCAUGUGCUGGACCGAGGCUUCCUCACUGUUCUUCCUCACCCAGACCCCCAUGGCCGCUACAUCCUCUGCAUCCGACCCGGAAAAUGGAAGCCAAAUGACUACCCCUUUGUCGACAAUAUCCGCGCCAUCUACCUGACGCUGGAGAAACUGAUCCAGGCUGAGGAGACCCAGGUCAAUGGGGUGGUCAUCCUGGCAGACUACAGUGGAGUGGGACUAUCUCAUGCCUCCAGUAUUGGCCCCCUGCUUGCCAAGAAGAUCGUGGGCAUUCUUCAGGAUGGAUUUCCGAUUCGAAUAAAAGCGGUCAACAUAAUCAAUGAGCCCCGGAUUUUCAAGGGAAUCUUUGCCAUCAUUAAGCCGUUCCUGAAGGAGAAGAUGGCAGAAAGGUUCAUACUUCACGGUUCGGACCUGAACUCCUUGCACCGGAACAUCCCAAGCUCCGUGCUUCCUGAGGAGUACGGCGGCGCGUCCGGCCACUUCGACGCCUCCUUGUGGUCCAAAACUCUGCUGGACGCCGAGGUGGAAUUUGUGGUGGAGUUCUGCCAGCCCGAUCCUCUAGAGGGCGUCGUUCUCCCGGACUCCAUGCUGUUUGAGGGGGAACAAGGCACUACCCAGUGUGAGGACACCUAUAGAGGCCUUCGCUCCCAACUCUACUACUGCUACUGACCCGGAGUACGAAGAGUGGUACUGCUUCUUCUUGAGAUGUUGCGUCUUUUUAAUUCAGCCAGCUGGACGAUAUUCAUAUUCAUAUCAAUAUUUUAAAGGACACUGUAGCUCCUUUGAUUGCCUUCCGUUAGUUAAUUCUCUGACACACAUGUAGUGUUAAUACUGGCCUGUAAUGUGGUCUGGGAACAGUGAAAGCUCCUUGGCGCCCUCCAGAUCUCAAGGCAGAUCUCAAGGUCAUCGAAGAUAUUCUGCAGGGAAGAGAACUCUGGCUGUACCUCUUACUCUGCUGCGUUUCUUUUUUGGGGAUGGUAGGGAUAUAGUCUCUUGUGAUGUAGCCACCCAGCCUGGGAGAAACACGGCCCAGAAUGUCUCAGAAUAAUACUCGCAAGCAAUAACGUCAGCCUGCUGUUUUCAAACUGUGCUAGGGUUAGUACACUACAAAGGAGAGCCAUAACUGUGCAAUGGAGCCGCAUUCCAUUCCCUGCAAAACAUUUACAGAGUUUUUUUUUUAAUUGUUCCUGAGACAUGUUCUCCCAACAGCUGUAAAAUAAAUUUUAGUUCAAAUAGUUAUGAUCUGCUUGUUCUCCUGCUGUCACAUGUACUGCAGGUCAGAAAGGGCAGGUCAAGUUUCUCGUACCAUAAACAGUAGCACAAACCUGGAGCAAUAGUAUUUUACUAUUUAUCCUCAGGAUGUGUCACAUGGAAGUGUAAUUUCUUAACUCGUAUCACAGGAGUUGGAUCUUAAUUUGCUUUUUUUUGUAAUAAUUUUACUGUCACAGUUACUCUACUCUUCCUGUCCGUUACUCUUCCUGUCCGUUACUCUUCCUGAUAAAUGGACUCCUCAGUUAAAAAAACAGUUUGUUUGGUCAUAUCAAUGCCAAAAUGCCAAAUAAUAGUUUUAAGUUUGAAAUAUGAAUAUGAAGCCUGGUUACUAACGUUACUUAAUCAGUUACCACCUUAAGUACUGUGAAGUUCUUAUUUUUUUGUUAGAAGUAUCCAUACGGCCAUUGUUGCUUUAUAUAGCAUUUUGUGUACCUGUUCCAUCUUAUUGAUCUUGAGAGCUUUUACUUAGAAUAAAUGUAGUUAAGUAGAAAUACUUAAGAUUGAAGUUUCAGGUCUGAUUAGGUUAUUAGAUGUAUCAUAAGAAAUAUCCAAAAGAUCAAAACCCAGAUCAAAAGUAUAGUCACAGUGAGGUGAUGGUGUAUGAAGAUUUAAGUAUCCAUAUAUACACUAAUAUAUGUCAGUUUUUGCCAAAAUGAAUUUGAAAGUCAAACAUUGUUUUAAAAUCUGUAGAUACUUGUGUAUAUAUAGGUGAAAUGGUUUAUUUCAUUAUGCCAGGUCAAAUUUUAAUUUGAUGUUUUCUGUUGUAUUUUUAAAUUGUGCUCCAUUUUAUAUUAUUCAUGUUAUAUUAUUCUAUAAUUAUGUAAAUUGAUUCAUGAUUGCAGUACAAUGAUAUUUGAAGCAGUGUGUCAGGUAACACAAGGGUAAGCAUGUAAUAAACCACUGAAAAAAUAUAUCCAUAA